AUGUCCUUCCACCUCUUGUUGAAAUAACAGUCAAAAGCUUUUAAUCAAUAUAAUUUCUAUACUACAUUUAGUCUUUAUGAAGCUAAAAAAAUAGCUGAAAGUUCUGAUGAUUUAUAAGAAUAUAUUAUACAAUUUAUGGUAGUUGAUGUACCAUUAGUUAAACUUAAUCAAUAAUUCUAAUAAUAACCUGAAAAACAUAAAUCUGCAUAGCUUUUAAUAAGUAUGGUAGAUAUGGCUAAAGGAACAAUCAAUGAAUGGUAUACUUUUCAACAUUAACAAAUUGAUACAGAUAUAUUUUAAGAGAAAGGUAAAUUUAUCAAUUUUAGUAUUAGUUGAUUUGUUGUGUUAUAAUUUCUAGUUAUAAUAAGUCCUAAAAUUGUUGCAGUUUAUGUUAACUUAUUUGAUAUUUAUUUUAUACAAAAAAAAUUUAAAUCUAUGGUAUAUAUGUAUGUUUAUAAACAUCAAGAGCAAAAUGAGUAGGCCAGCAUCUUGCAAAAGUAGAAAGAGUGAAGUAGAUGAAUCACUUUUUGGUAUAAAAUUGAUCCAUAUUACCUAAUAGGAAGUAAUAAAAGAAAUGAUGUUAAAACUGCUAAAGUAGUUUAGAGCGUAAGGAAGGGAGACACAUCAAAUCCAGAUGUUGUUUUAAUAGGAGAAGCAGAAUUAUAGAGAAUGAAAGUUUGUUUCAUUUUAAACUUUAGAAUAAUGCUAUUGUGAAAACUAAAGAGGAACAAUUAUAUUAGAAGAAACUAUUGGAGGAACAGAAGGAAAAACAAAUGACAGCAGCUAAGGCUAAGAAAUAGAAAAUGAUAUAAUUGGAAGAAGAAAAAAAGAAACAAAUUCCUUUAACAGCAUAAUAAUAAGAAGAUAAAGUAGUUAAAGAUAGUCUUAAUGCAAGGGUAUCAAUUUAUAUUUGAAUUUAGGCUGCAGAGAUAUUGAAUGAACAAUUAGAUGAUGUUAAAGAGAUGAAUAAGAUGGUUAUGUAUGCUAAAUGUGUUACAAUCAGAGAUAAAUAAUUAUAAGAAAAACAAUAAUUGAAAGAAGAAUUUAAAAUUUAAGAGAAAAGAAAAGAUCUUAUGAUGGAAAUUGAAAGACUUUAAUCUAUUAAAUAUUAUGAAGAAAAAGAUGUUUAACAUAAAUAAGAAUUGAAAUAAGGUCAUGGCAUUAUUGUAGAAUAAAUUAAAGAAAGAGAAUUGAUUAGACUUAAAGAAAAAGAAGAAUAGGAAAGAGAAGGUUAAGUUAUGAUUAAAUAAAUUAAAUAAGUUUAAAUUGAAGAUCAAUAAAAAAAUCAAUAAAGAAAGCAUAUGUAGAAGAAAUUACAAGAUGAAAUUUUAGAAGCUAAUUAAAAAGCCAUUGUUGUUAAAGAAAAAAGAAGAUUGGAAGAAAAGGAAGAAGAAGAGAAAAUUGCUAAAUAUAAUCUAGAAAAGGCAUAGAAAGAAGCUGAAAUAAUAGAGGAAUAGAGAAGAAUUAAAGAAGAAAGAGAGAGAGAUGUUUAAAGAUUAAGAGAAAUGCAAGAAAAAGCUUCAGAUAGAUAAGCUGAAUUAGAUUUAUUAAGAGCCAAAAGAGCUAUGGAAUAAAAUGAAAGAGCUGCUAGAGAAAAAGAAAGAAGAGAAGCAGAAUUAAGAUAAAAAUUAAAUUCAGAAUUAUAUUAAGCAAGAAAAGUUUAGUAGAAUGAAAAAUAAGAUAAAUUAGAAGAAUAAGUAUUUUAAUUUAUUAUUAAAUCAAGGCUAGACUAGAAAGAGAUGAAUUCUAAAGGGUUAUUUAAAAAUAAAAACAAGAGCGUGAGAAUGAAUUAAGAUUACAAUAAGAAAAAGAAUAAAUGGUCAAAAAACAUGCAGAAGAAUUGAGAAAAUAGAUAUCAAUGAAUGAAGAGAAAAGAAAGUAAGAAGAAAGAGAUAAGUAUAAAUUUAAUAUUAUUUUUAAAGGCUUGAAGAAGGUAAAAAGAUUAGAGAUAAAAUGAUAAAUGAAAAGAAAUUAUUAGAAAAUAUUAAGGAAUAGAAAUUAAAAGGACUUAAUGAUAAUACAAUACCUGAUAAAUAUAAGGCUGAAUUAGCAAAAAAGAAAAUCAAUAUACAAAUAUGAUUAAUAACAGAAUAC